AUGGCUGCCUUUGCGGAGCUCGGCCUCUGUCCCGAGAUCAUCCGCGCCGUCGAGGAGCUCGGCUGGCUCCUGCCGACUCCGGUGCAACAGGAGGCGGUCCCGCUUAUCCUCGGAGGCGGCGACGUCAUGGCGGCCGCCGAGACCGGGUCGGGAAAGACGGGCGCCUUUGCCCUCCCGGUGCUGCAGAUUUGCCACGAGGCGUUGCGCGAGCAGCAGAUGGAGAAGUCGGCCUCCAAGAUGGCGGCGGUCGCCGCGGCGCAGGCCGCCGCCGCGAGCGCCGCCUCUGUGGGGCUCGGCGCCGACCGCGACCUCCUGCUCAGCGUGGAGGAGGGCGUGCGCGCGAGCGCUGCAGGCUCGUGGGCGGGUGCCCGGUGCGGGCUCGGCGUGCGCGGCGGCGUGCACUACUUUGAGGUGGUGCAGGAGAGCGAGGGCGGCAUCUGCCGUGUCGGCUGGGCGGCGCUCAACGCGAAGCGCGAGCUGGGCAAGGACGCGCACGGCUUCGGCUUUGGCGGGACGGGUAAGAAGUCGCACGGCGGCAGGUUCCUCGACUACGGCGAGCCGUACGGGUGCGGCGACGUCAUCGGCUGCCUGCUCGACCAGGUCCGCGGCGUGAUCAGCUUCUCAAAGAACGGGAGGCCGCUCGGCGAGGCCUUCGAGGUUGGCCCGAGCCUCGCUCGCCAGCCGCUCUUCCCGGCAGUCUGCCUCAAGGGCUGCGCCGUCAAGCUGAGCCUCGGCGAGGCGCCGCUCGCCGCGCUGCCUUCCGGGGCGACUCCGAUCGCUCGCGCGGCUGCAGAGCACGCGGCCUCGAACGCGGCGUCGGCGCCGGCAGACCCGCGAGAAGCUGCGGUGAGAGGCGGCGACGGCUGCCCGACCGCCCUCAUCCUCGAGCCGGCGAGAGAGCUGUGCGAGCAGGUGCACCGGUGCGUCGGGGACUUCUCGCGCUUCUUCACGCAGCCGUCGCUCGGCGCCGCGCUCCUCGUCGGCGGCGUCGACGGCGGCCGCCAGCUGCAGCAGCUCAAGGGCGGGGUGGACGUGGUGUGCGGCACGCCCGGCCGCGUCGCAGACUUGGUCAAGCAGGGCAAGUUGCGGCUGUCUGCGGUGCAGUUCUUCGUGCUGGACGAGGCGGACCGGCUGCUUGACACGGGCAACCUCGACACGAUCCUGCAGUUGCACGCCAAGCUGCCGCGCACAGGGCGGACGGGCGGACGGCUGCAGACGCUCCUCUUCUCUGCGACGCUGCACACGGCCGAGGUUCGCUCGCUCGCCCAGCGGAUCACGUGCAGCCCGACCCUGGUCGACCUCAAGGGCGCAGAGCACGUUCCCGAGGCGGUGCACCACGUGUAUGUCCCGGUCGACCCGGCCGACGCCACCGACGGGGGCGCGUGGGCGGACGCCGCGCGGCGCGUGCCCACCGACGGGGUGCACGCGCAGGAUGUGGUCGGCGAGGGGGCGGCCGCGGCGGCCGAGAGCGGCUCGGAGGCGGUCAAGCGGCUCAAGCCGCUCACGCUGCUGCGGGUGGUGGAGCGGCUGCAGCUGGCGCAGUGUCUCGUCUUUUGCCGCACCAACCUCGACUGCGACAACCUCGAGCGCUUCCUGCACGCGGCGGGCGGCGGCAAGGCCUACCGCGGCAAGGCGGAGAAGGGGGUCGAGAGCCCGUACUCGUGCGUCGUGCUCGCGGGCCAGCGGCCGAUGGAGGAGCGGCGGCGCAACCUCGCCGCCUUCAAGGCCGCCCUCAACCCGCGCCGCCCCCACCGCCCCGCCCCUCCGCCCCCCCCCCCCCCCUUCCGCGGCGGUGGCGACGUGCGUUUCCUCAUCUGCACCGACGUCGCCGCGCGCGGCCUCGACAUCAAGGAGCUGCCGUGCGUCAUCAACAUGACCCUGCCCGACAAGGAGGAGGACUACAUCCACCGCGUCGGCCGGGUGGGCCGUGCCGAGGUGGUUGGACUCGCGGUGAGCCUCGUCGCGAGCGGGCACCGGGAGAAGGUGUGGUACUACGACCGGCGCAAGUGGGAGGGCAGGCCACUCAGCACGAAGCUCGCCGAGCUCGGCGGCUGCUGCAUCUGGUACGACGAGCCCGCCCUGCUGCGCGGUGUGCAGAAGCGACUCGGCGGC